ACUAAACUACUACCACAACUUGGUUUACUAUUUAUAAAAUAUAAUAAUGUAGGGUUACCUGGAACUUGAAAUAGGCCACACGGCCUGAAUCUACACUUCCCUCGCUAAACACCUUCGUUUCCUCAUAAAUAGGCCUUGAUCCCAUCUACGCAGUGUAGGGAGACUGUUUUGCUGUUAGAUCACGUCCAAAUAUGCAAAGUGCGCGAGAUUGGUGAAAUGCUUACAACAGGGAUAGGUUGAUUGGCAACACUAAAUGGUCCCUAGUGUGUAAAUGUGAGUGUGAAUGUUGUCUGCCUAUCUGUUUUGGCCCUGUGAUGACGUUGCGACUUGUCCAAGGUGUACCCCACCUUCCGCCCGAUUGUAGCUGAGAUAGGCACUAGCGCCCCCGCGACCCUAAAGGGAAUAAGCGGUAGAAAAUGGAUGGAUGGAUAUAUAGUGUAUCAACCUGUUGUUAACGCAGCGUCCCAGCAUAGUACAAUGCAGUAUUUGUACAACAGCAGCCCCUAGUGGCCGUUCUGGUGAACUCCGCAGCUAGCUAGCUACAAUUUAGCUUCCUUGUCCACAAUCGAGAUUUAGCAUUUUAACCCAAACACGAGUGCGAAACAUGCAAAGUGUAACACUCAAACGGACCUGCGGCCACUGAAGCAUAACUCACGCACCACAGGGGGACGUUCGUCCACGCUGCAGGGCUUCUCCUCGAGGGAAACAUGUCGGGGGUUAAAAGGAAAAUAGAGGACGGCGAUCCUGACUAUGAGGAUGUUGCAUUAAUCCAAAAUAGUAAGCGAAACAAAGCGGCUGAAUUAAGUGCCCGAGAUGCAGCAGUGCAGAAGAUAGAAGCCAUCAUCACCAAGCAGUUCUCCUUGGAGAUGAAGAACAAAGAACAUGAGAUAGAUAUUAUCAGCCAGCGACUCAAUGAAGCCAGAAGGAUGAUGGACAAAUUGCGAGCAUGCAUCGUGGCCAAUUACUAUGCAAAUGCUGGCCUGACAAAACUCCCGGAGCCCUCCAAGAGUGAGCCCGUGGUGUUGAAUCAUCCAGCCAUCCGACGAUUCCUGGAGUCGCCGUCACGUUCCUCCUCCCCUCUCAACCACGGGUCAGAGACGCCUUCCCUGGGCCAGUCAGAGUCCGAGUCCUUGUCGCAGCACGGCGACGCCACUGACAAGGAUGCAGAGGGGGCAUGGCGGGAAGAGAGCAGCAGUAGGCAGGAACAAAGGCCGGGACGCAACAUUGGCAAGGACACAUUUGGUGUGCCUGUGGCCUUGGGAAGUGAGCAAAGGGUGACCUACCACACCACUGGAGAUGAGGCAUCCCGAGUCUAUGCAAAGAAGACUAUUGUUGUGGGCAAUGUGUCGAAGUAUAUCCCUCCAGACAAGCGUGAAGAGAACGACCAGUCGACUCAUAAGUGGAUGGUGUACGUCAGGGGCUCCCGAAAGGAGCCCACCAUUGACCACUUCGUAAAGAAAGUCUGGUUCUUUUUACACCCCAGCUACAAACCUAACGACCUGGUGGAAGUCAGUGAGCCUCCUUUUCAUUUAACCCGUCGUGGUUGGGGUGAAUUUCCUGUAAGGAUCCAGAUCCACUUUAAAGACCCUCGCAACAAACGUAUUGACAUCAUCCAUCAGUUGAAGCUUGACAGAACAUACACUGGGUUGCAAACACUGGGUGCUGAGACUGUGGUGGACGUGGAGCUCCAUAGGAAUUCUCUUGGUGAGGAUUACAUCUUGCAGCCAUCUACCUCCAAGGUGACCCAUAGGGCAAAAAGCCCAAUGGCGGUCAUGUGUGCUCCUCAGUCUGGCCAACGCUCCAGUUCGCCCAUCUUCCCAGAUUCAAAUUUUGAAAAAGGUUUAGUCAAAGCAGAGACGUCUGCGGGAUGUCAUAGCUCAGGUCUGGCUGCAGGUGAACGCACGCCGACGCGACCCAAAGCCAGUGACAGGAUCACUUUGGGUUCCCAUGGCAACUCCGCUUUCCAUCCCAUUACAGCAAGCUGCAAAAUACUUCCUCAAGGGCAGCCUCCAAGCCCUGCUGAGUCUCCUGGGAAGUCGUUCCAACCUAUAACGAUGAGCUGCAAAAUAGUCUCUGGUUCUCCCAUCUCCACGCCAAGCCACUCACCGCUGCCUCGCACGCCCACAUCAUCCAUUUCAGUCCACAGCAAACCCAGCUCGUACUCUGUGCUCAACAACCCUUAUGUCAUCGUCGACAAGCCCGGCCAAGUCACCGGCGUGACGUCCUCGUCUGCCGCUUCCGCAGGAAGCCCAACGUCUAAACAGUCUGCUGCUCAGGGAACUCGCUCACCAGCCCCUAAAAUGCACACUGCCACCUUCCUCUCAUCGGGAAUGAAAGUUAUCAUUAAGCAGGAGCCAGGAGACGUUUCAAUGCAGCAGCAGCAGCAGAUGGCUUCAACAGUGACCCAACCAGCUGCUCCAGCUGCACAUCCGUUUGUCUCAGUCAAAGGAGGUCACAUGAUCUCCAUGUCGGCCCAGAAACAGGCUGUAGGGGCCUCUGGGCCCACGACUAGCAAAAUGUUAAGCAUUCCAGUGAGUUCGACGCUACAGUCAGCGGUAAAACAGGUGGCCAUCAGCAGCGGGCAAAUUCUGGUUGCCAAAGGCAACCCCUCUGUCUCCAAGGUUGUGGGUGGGAAGCAGGUUUUGGCUCAGGGAGUGGCCAAAGCCAUUGUCAGUGGUGCUAGUGGCAUCUCCGGUCAGCAGGCUGCAGUCAAGGCAGGCAGCGGUUCGAGUGGCAAAACUGGAGUGAUGGCUACACUGCAGCUGCCGGCCAACAACCUGGCUAAUCUGGCAAAUUUGCCACCGGGCACCAAGCUCUACUUGACCACCAAUAGCAAAAACCCCUCAGGGAAGGGCAAGCUGCUGCUUAUCCCACAGGGAGCCAUCCUCAGAGCCUCCAAUGCAGGUCAGCAGUCUCAGAGCAGCUCGUCAGCGAGCGCUGGGAGCUCUCAGACACCCUCGUCUUCCUCAUCCAGCAGUUUGCCUUCCAACCUCUCCUACACAUCCUACAUCCUUAAACAGACCCCGCAGGGCACUUUUUUGGUGGGCCAGCCAUCACAGGGCUCGGGGAAGCAGGCAAGCUCUGGUGUGGCGGCACAUGCUACCUCAUCUCCAGCAACCUCUCCUCAGCAGGCCAUCCGGGUUACAGCGGGGCAGAAGGCGGCUAUUUUGGCUCAGGUGGUGGGCGGCUCCCAGACUGCACAAGUGAAGUUGUCGGACGGUUCUGUUAAGACGGUGACAGCGGGCGGGCACUUAUCCAAGCCGGGAAUGACCACAUUGAGAAUGACAGGUGGAGUCAUCACUGCCGCUAGCUCCACCGCCAGCUCUGCCAAUGCCACUACAGCUGCCAACCAGCAGCAACAGCCUGCUGAUAGUGGAAAGUCGGCCUCCCAGCACCACUCUCUCUUGGUGGCAGCCAACCAAGCAGCAGUGAUCAGUGCAGCCAAGAGUGCCAGCGCUGCAGGAGGAGCAAGCGGCUGCAGCCUGUCAAAGUCCGCUUCGGCCACCUUGGUCAAAGGCUGCGCUACCUCUUCUGCCAAAAGUGUCGUCGGUUCACCCGGCGCUGCAGUAACAGUCGCCAAAGGCCUCCCCACCAUGCCGGUGAUAGGCAUGGUCACAAGUGCAACCGUGGGGUCUGUGGGCAGCGUACCCAAAAGCGGUAGCACAUCACUGGUCACAGCAGCAUCGCUAGUUAGCGGCAUGCCGGCAUCUGCGGUUGGAGGAAAGACUGGUGCAGCUCUAUCAGGCAUGUUGAAAAUCCACUCUGGAGGUUCUAACUCGCAGCAGACGGUUUUGACCAUCCCAGCGAACCAGCUCAAGCAGCUCGGCGUAGCCAGUGCCUCUGGUGGGCUGCAAACCAUACUCAUGCCUGUUGGCAAAGUGAAGACAGAACCAGGCACAUCUGUCACAGCUGUUCCUUCACCCCCAGCAACUGCCCCUCUAUCAAUGUCUACCCACGUUAGCCCUGCAGCUACCAUGGUCAAGCAAGAGCAAGGCGCCGAUCAUUCUAUGCAUGACCUCAUCAACACGGAGCACAUAGAGACCAUGAUGCAGUUGCUGACAGCUGUGGUGAAGAGGUUCCCUCUUAUUGUGCCAGAUAAGUCUGAAGACUCGCAUCCAUUCUGUGCCUCUUCCACAGAACAAUAUUAUUCUUGGAAUAUUGGAAAGCGCAGGGCAUCAGAGCUUCAGCGAGCUGUGGCGGUCAAGCGGGCCAUCCAGAACUUGUUGGACCACUCACCUCGCCUCCAGGCUCUCACACCCUUAAAGACAAGAGAGGUGGUGCAGUGGUGUCGGCACAGGGGCUACACGCCGCCUGACCCUGAACCACAACGCAAGAAUGAUGACGAGUCCAUCGAGGACAUCCUCACGCAGAUUGACAGCGAGCCAGAGUGCCCCUCCACCCUGAGUAGCUGUGAAGAGCUGGUUCUGCGGUUAGAGCAGAUGCAAGCUCUGCUGAAGACCGAACCGGAGGAGGCUGACAACGAAAUAGUCGACAUCGUCACCGUGAUGCCUCCGUGCCAGAAACUAAAGGUCAAGGAGGAGGAACAAGAGGCUGACACUGAGCCCAAGUUUUUCCUGGGACCCUGUGUGUCGGCUCAGUUUGUCAGCGAGGCGACCCAGCAGAUCGGGAUUUCCUUUGUACCAGUGGAGAUGGAGAAGAAUGUUUUUGCGCCAGUUAUUGAGGCUAUGAUUCUUAAGGCAACAGAGCAGUUGGCCAGUGACAUUCUGAGAGAAGCUCUUGCUGGAGCCUUUGCCAAAUCCCCCCAGAACAGGGCUCCGAGGGAGAUCACAGCCAUGGAUAUCCACCAAGCCAUCUGUAGCAUCCCCACCUGUGAUUUCCUCACCAACUCGCACAUGGGUUGCCUCGCCAAGGACAACUGAUGAUGACAAUGAGAAGAAAACUCCACAUUCCUACCAGAAGGUCCUGUCAUUACCUUGUUCACUGAAGGGCUCACCUUGCUGCUCCUAGUACUGUUUGAACUGUAGUACUCCUGCAUACCUCAUCAGAACCAAGUGUUUCCUGUCACACAGCCUGCUUGUUCAUCACCCACAACUUACAUUCUUAUUAUUCAUCGUUACGCUCCCUCGACCACUACAGGGAGGCUGUUACCAUGGUAACAAAGGCUCUGCCAUCAUCAGCAACCUUUGAUGUAGUACUGUAUGGCGUUUUACCCGCCGCGGGUAAUUAUCAUCAUGCAAUCGGUGCAGGUUCUACUCAUGUGCCGUGGUCCACACCGUUAUAUUAUUGUAAUGGCAUACGAUUAGUUAUUCAUGUAAUUAUGAAGAAAUAUUUUUAUGAUCGUUUGCAUUCUUGUCUCAAGUCUCAGUAUUUAUAACAGUCAAGUACACAUUGUAUAUGAGCAAUGUUAAAUAGAUGCCAUUUUAUAUUUUUUAUCCAAGCUCAUACCCUGACAAGGAGUGUUUGUGUAUGCGAGUGAGAGUGUGUGUUUGGUGGACCGAUAGUCAAUUUGAUGUAACAAAACACUUUUAAAUGUUUAUCAUGAGAUAAGUGUGGGUCUAAAGUGAAUGUAGGAGCUCAAUUAGUGUAUUAACAAUACUCCUAAUGAUGUACUUUCAUGUUUCAGUGAAAACAAAAAAAAAAUAGCCAUCAAUAUUCUUGUAAUAAACAACACCGGUAAGUGUGA